AUGAAGACGUCCGCAGCACUCCUCUUCCUCGUCUCGCUCGCCUCGGCGGCGCCGACAACCCCCUCCCCGGCGGCUGAGGCCGCCGCGGUGCUCGAGGGCCGGCAAAUCCAGACGCUGUGCGAGCAGUACGGCUACUGGUCGGGCAACGGCUACUACGUCAACAACAACAUGUGGGGCAAGGACUCGGGUUCUGGAUCGCAGUGCACCUAUGUCGACACCAGCUCGGCGAACCACGUCAGCUGGCGCAGCACUUGGCAGUGGUCUGGCGGCCAGAACAACGUCAAGAGCUACCCCUACUCGGGCAGAACCAUCCAGAGGGGCCGCACCAUCGCCAGCAUAACCGCCCUGCCCAGCGUGGUCCAGUGGAACUACAACAACGGCAACAUCCGUGCCAACGUCGCCUACGACCUCUUCACCAGCACGGACCCGAACCGCGACAACACGCACGGUGACUACGAGCUCAUGGUCUGGCUCGCCCGCUACGGCGACGUCCAGCCCAUUGGCAGCCAGAUCGGCAGCGCCAACGUCGGCGGCCGCAACUGGCAGCUGUGGAGCGGUCUCAACAACGGCAUGCGCGUCUACAGCUUCGUCACCACGCAGGGCCCCAUUACCAAUUUCAACGCCGACAUCAAGCUGUUCUUCACUUAUCUGCAGCAGAGCCAAGGAUUCCCAGCCAACCAGCAGUACCUCACCACCUUCCAAUUCGGCACCGAGCCAUUCACGGGCGGCCAGACCACCUUCCAGGUCAACUCGUUCGGAGCCAACGUGCAGUAA